AACAUGUCGUUCAGUCAAAUGAGACCUCGAACAUCGCAGUUGGUGGAGCUCCAUGUUUUUUAUGUCCCAGAAGAAGUGUGGAACUUCAAGCUGAAUACAGUUCCUGUAGCUCUUACUAGCAAAUUCAUCUCAGCCGGAUUUAUAAGGGUGCCUCCUCACAUCACCUUAAGAGUGCUACGGGGGAAGCUUGGAGAGUACCUGGGUGGAGCUGCAGUUGCAGAUAAAUUCACAUUUUUAAAAUGCAUUGGGAAAAAGCUAGCAGUGGUGAAAGCAAAGCAAGAAGCAGAACUGGAACUGAAGUCAUUUGCUCCUCCUUAUGCACUUUAUCCUGAAUUAUAUGUAUUACCUGGAGUGGACUGCUUUGAAGAUGUUUAUCCAUUGUCAUCAUCAACUCAACAGAAACAUCACUUUAAUGCAGAAGAUAAUGGAUCAAGAUUAUCCAGUCUUCCCCCCAAAAAACCUGAAAAAAGCAAACGAUUUUUAGAAAGCACGCAAAGCAGUCAUCAGCUAGAAAAUCAGGAAGUGCACAGUCCUGUCAAAUGGGGUGAGAAAGAACCUGUUCCAGUUUUGCACACAAAACAUGAGCAAGACCAUAACAGCAGGACUGAAGAAAAACAGAUACAGUUUAGAGAAGAAGAUCAAAAUGGAUCCAGUGCAUCUCUCUUUGCACCAAGUAAUUCAAAUCCUGCAGAUUCGGAGUCUGGAGAGAGUGAUAUGCUAUUACAGGCCUCUCAGCAAAAUCAUCUCAGCCAGAAUCAAAAAAAGCAUAAUACUCCUAAGUGGAAUGACAAAGCCAAAGGAACUGCUCUUACUCUUCCUGUAAACCACCGUGAUGAACAAGGCCAGAACAUUACAAACAUGGAAAAUAAUGACCACCGAAAAGAUACCAAACUAAGAAGAGACAGAACACAGGAUUCUGGAAUUCCUAAAACAGUGAAAGGCCAAACCACAGAAUAUGUACACAAAACCCAAAGCUUGCAGCAAUACAGAACUAGCAAGUCUAUGGCUGAUCCUGGUGAAAAACUGGAUAGUCAGGCAGAUCAAAACGAGCAAAAUCAUCUUACUUGUCCAAAAGAAUAUAUUUCGCCUCCUAGUCCGCCUUUUCUGGCACUUUCUGUAAAUCCAGCUCAAGUUCCCGCAAUUCAGGCAGAAAAAAAGAAGAUGGUAGAACGAUUGCAACGAAUGAAGAAAGACAGAAUGCACAUGGAAAAAACUAGAGAAGAACUGAUCAAAAAAGCUAAAGGGCUCCUGGAACAAAAUAAGCUGAGGAGAUACCACGUUCGUGAGGAAUGGAAAAAGAAGUACUUUGAAACUAAGAAAGCUACGGUUUCACUGGAGGAUGCUUUAAACAAACUGCGACAAGAUUUAGAGCUUUACCACCAGAAAUUACUCUUGCAAUUGGAAGCCAGAGAUAGCCGAAAACGACCAAACAAUAUGACAACCUCCAAGAAUUACACAAUCAUCCGGAUUACUACAGUGCAGCAUGAACUCGAUCAACUGAGGAGGAAGCUGGAUGAUACAAAAAUGAAACUCAUAAUAGAAAUCAAGCUGAGAAAGCAGGCAGCAUCUGAUUUACGAGCACUGAGAGCGGAACUGACACAUAAGAAGAUUCAUUCAGCUUUAAUUCUCCAGUCCAGAAAAUCAGGGAUCUAA